AAUCCCAAUGGCCGCAAUUUUAAGCGGAAUUAGUGAAAAAAUAUUGAAAAUCCUAAAGUGUUUUUGUACUAAGACACUUGAUUUGUUACGUCAACAUGCAAAUGCAGUAGUAUCACCCCGUAAUUACGUGUCAAAUAAAAAAAUUAACGAAACUAAAACCAUUUAUUGCGGGCAUGCGUUAUUUUUGAUCAAGUUUAAUUAAAAUUUUAUUUCAAAAAAUUGUGUUUUCAAAUGAAUGAAUUUAUUUUGUUGAAUUUUUGUUGUUGUUGCUGCUGCUCCUCUAUAUCAAUGGAUCGGAUGGAUUCAACUCUUUUUCAGUAAAAGAUUUUUUCGAAACAAUUUGCCUUAAGAGAAUUUCACGUUUUGCUGUUUGAUUUCAAUCAAUACCAUUGAAAAUUAGAAUUGAAUGGAGUUUUACGAGGAAACACCAAGAGUUCCGCUCACUUUCAAAAGAUGGAACGCGUGUCGGAAUCAUACAUGGAGCAGCCAACGUUUCUUUUGCCUUUUGAAUCCAAGUAGCGUUUUCGAAUUCUGUUUUUCAAUCAAGUCGUUCUUACCCUUCAGUUUGACACGAUUUUAACUUUAGUUUGCAUCAGUUUGUAAUUUUCGAAAGACUAAACACAAAAUGAGUUCGCCAGUGAAUAUCGAGAAAAAAGGUAUUUUCCAUUGGAAAAAGGCCACAACAACUUCGUCUCCGUCCUCAUCAUCUCGGCCAGCGUCACAAUCAACAUCACGUGCAUCAUCUCCAACAAAAUUACCGGCAUCACCACCAAAGGCAGAGAAUACAAAGAAAAUUAAACGUUCACCAAGUGAUACGAAAGUGCUUGCUGAAAGAGUGUCUCGAACUCAUGUUCAGCGAUAUUUAGAACAGCCGAAAAUAUCGAAUGAUAUUCCAACUUCACCAAGAGCCAAAGAGUCGGUUGUUAAACGGGAUGAACAAUAUAAGGACAAAGGCACCGAACCGAUUGAAUCGCCAUUGAAAAAUGUCUAUCGAUCGGAAUCCAUCGACGAUCUCGGUUCACCGUUCAAAAAAGUUUCAGAAUUGAUCGAAAAUUUGGAUUUGUCUCUGGAAAAUCUAAGCGUCAAGUCGAGCAGUAAAGGUAAACAUAUUGGUGAUUCCUCAAAAAUUGGUGAUUUUGUCAGCGCACGUGAUAGUAAUGAAAGCAUUGAAUCAAAUGACAGCGAUUUUUCUACAGCAUGCGAGAGUCCUUUGCCGUAUGACCCGACGCAACGUUUGCUCAAGCAAAUCGAUAAUUUCAUUAACGACACUGUGACAAAUAACACCGAUGUACAUAAGAUACAUGUUCUUUUGGCUCAGUUGAGUGAGGUGAUUGCAACUUCGGAACAACAGUACAAGCGUCGCAUGAAAAACAUGAAAGACGUUCAAGACAAUGCAUUUGCUGAACUAUUUUUGGAAAAGAAUAGUAAAAUCACCCAGUUGCAAUUGGAUAUUGAAGUGUUGAAACGAGAGAAUUCGAAAGAAAUCGCCAGAGUCAAAUCAUCGGAAGAGUUGAUGGAAGCGCAAAAUGAGGUGUGCCAUUUGAAAGAGAUAAUAGCGAUGCGAAAUAACGAAAUUAACCAGCUGACAUACAAACUGGUUGACGCUCAAUCGUACAUUGAAUCACUGGAGAAGGAAAAAUAUGCGCGGAUUGACGUAAAUGCCGACGAUGCGGACAUUCGCAAUCACUUCAAGACAUUGAAAAAGGCGCUUAUGUCCAAUCGAACUCUUUUGAAGUUGAUGCAAACAAAAAAACUCGAGCAAAACACACAAAGCUAAUUUAGUUGAUUCAGGGAAUUUAUUCGGUCAAAAUGUUCCAGUUAAACAACAAGGAAAAGUACAUUUUUUUCUUCAAAUACUAUGUGAAUCUACUUAAAAUACAAUAAAAAAGAAAAAUAGUAGAAUGCAAAAAAGAAACAAAUCGAUGUGUGUUAUAUGAAUCGAAAUAUUUUGCUUUAAAUUCAAUAAACAAAUGUAAGCUAACGGAAAAUCCA